AUGGAUGAUGCAAACGACAGCAAGUAUUCCUGCACCGAAUCACUGCAUGAAAUAAGGCAACUUGGAGUUUACGAUGUUUACAAGGGGACGUACGAUCAAGUGGGAGUUUGCGAUGGUGUCGAGAGAGUCAUUGCGAUUGGGUGUGGAACUGCUGUUUGUGAGCUGGAAUUUCUGAAGAGGGUAGCUCCGAAUAUGAAGCAUUUAAUUUUAGUUGAUAAGGACGCCGUAUGCCUAGAACAGCUGAAAAUGAACCUGAGCAAUUCACUGCACAAAGAUAUCGUAGGGGAGUUGCAUUCCUCUGAAGCUCAACAAUGGCAGGGCCCAAACAUUCGAGUUGAUUUGAUAACGAUGUUCCAUUGUCUGUAUUAUUUUAAACCAGAAGAAAGAAAGGAAUUUUACAGAAAGUGUUUUAACGAUUGGUUGAAUCCCGGCGGAAAGUUGUACAUAAAAUUGGCUAAAGACCUUCACGAAAACAAUGACGAAGACACGCUGAAUAGCUUUUACAGAAAGACAGGACGACGGCCGCAGUUGGAAGCUUUCACAAUAAAGGAGGAGGUUCGCAGUUUGGGCUACAAAAUCGAAAGCGAACAUCAUUACGAGUUUUAUUUGGAUUUGAAGCUCUUCAACAAUCGCAUGCUGCAUUUCGUUCAAUACGAUGCUACUCCUCCAUACGAAAAUUUGGAUGUUAUUAAGAAGGAAAUGAACAAGAUGAUCGCAGACGGUAAGAAGGCUUAUGGAGCUGGAAUCUUAUUUUGCGUUGUUAACAAUGUGUCAGACAAAGCUUAA